AUGUCCAUCCACUUGCGCUCACAGCUCUUUUGCAUCCGACCGCAGGCUCUCAAGCUCGACGCCCGCGUCGUCUCAAUGAACAAGAAGCUCCAGAGUCGCUCGCAGUCGCUUGCGCUGCAUCCUCCAGCACGAUCUCUGCCUCGAGCGUCACACGCUAUUGUGGCCGGUGCCGUCACAAGCGCUUCGGUGCUGUUGCUACUCAAGGAUCCUGCUCUGUGCCAGCCUGCGAAAGAACCUUCAGGCGGCGAUGACGCUCCAAAGAAGAACGAAGACAAAGACCCGAUGGACAAGAGGAUCGACGCGGCUUUGGGCAACUGCGGUGAGCUCACGCUGGCUGGCAGUCUCGGCUUCUGUUCGGGCUACGCCUUCAAGUUGGUGGGCAAAGCCGCGGCACUGGCUGUGGGUCUCGUGUUCAUCAUAGGCCAGGUGGCGGCCUACAAUGGCUACAUUGACAUCAAGUGGGGAAAGCUGCAGAAGGACGCGAUCGGCAGGGUCGAUCCGAACGGAGACGGCAAGAUCGAUGCUGCAGAUGUCAAGCUGUGGUACCAGAGACUUCUGGCGAUCUUGAAGACCAAGCUGCCAUCAUCCGUGGGCUUCUCCAGUGGAUUCGCGCUCGGUAUCUACUACUCGUAA